AUGGGUCCCACCUACUCCCACAUGGGCCCUACCUACUCCCAUGGACCCUACCUACCCCUACAUGGGUCCUACCUACUCCUACAUGGACCCUACCUACUCCUACAUGUCCUACCUACCCUACAUGGGCCCUACCUACCCUACAUGGACCCUACCUACCUCUACAUGGACCCUACCUACUCCCAUGGACCCUACCUACCCUACAUGGGUCCUACCCACCUCCUACAUGGGCCCUACCCAUCUCCUACAUGGACCCUACCCACUCCCUACAUGGACCCUACCUACUCCUACAUGGACCCCUACCUACUCCUACAUGGACCCUACCUCCCUCCUACAUGGACCCUACCUUGCUACGGGACCCUACCUACUCCUACAUGGACCCUACCUACUCCUACAUGGACCCUACCUCCCUCACAUGGGUCCUACCUACUCCUACAUGGACCCUACCUACUCCUACAUGGACCUACCUACUCCUACAUGGACCCUACCUACUCCUACAUGGACCCUACCUACUCCUACAUGGACCCUACCUACUCCUACAUGGACCCUACCUACUCCUACAUGGACCCUACCUGCUCCUUACAAGGACCCUAUCGACUCCUACACGGGUCCUUCACUAUUUACUCUGCCUUCACUAAACCUGUGAUAAAAUGA